GUUUCUCGAUGUGGUGGCGAUAACAGCAAGUUAUUUCCGGUCGCCAGAACCGUGUUUGUCGCGAACUUCACACCGGUUAGUCGGUCAGAACUUGUCCGGGUUUGGGACCCCCGAGUCCGCAAACUUCUCCGAGUUCGGGUCGAGUUUCUGAAGAUGGAAACUUGGUGAAACGAGUUGACAAGUCAGUGUGAGUUCAGUGAGGACCUAGAAAUGACCAUAACGUGUGCCAGACAGCACCAGAGUGUACAACUCAAGAACAGACCUUCCAGAUGAUGGAUUUUACCCAUCCAAGCCGCUGAAGUCAAGUCCCGUUCAGUAAUCUUCCUUUGUUUUUUUAACUUUUCAGUUUGACAUUGCAAUUUGAGGAUUGUGUCCUUGCUCCAGAUCCAUUGCCCCUAAUGAGCUCCCAAAGUGGAGGGCUCUCAGGGAGCUCUUUACUGAUUGGCCAGAGGGCUGCCUCCUUGUGGCUUGCUAUCUGAAAGCCCAGCUAGCACUGACGCAGAUAACCAACGCUCUCACUGUUGGCAGCUUAGCCACAACCUUGACUGCUAACUCCAACAAACUUGCCUUCCUCCAUACCCACAAUACCCCCUUCCCAUACUGCUUUGGCCACCAACCUUCUGAGAAGAUUGUUAACACCAUGUCUUAUCCACUGCAUAAACCCCAUGACUCUGGGAACCAGAAAUCCACCCAUGGGCGGCAUGGAAGCUCCAGUAUACAGGCAGAAAGGGACCCUCAGAGGGAAACUUCUCACCUUGAACAUGGGUCCAUCUGCAGCUCUUCUGGAGCUUCUGCAAUUCCUGCUAAAUUUGCGGGAAUACUCCCUCAAUCAAAGGACUACAGACCUGAACAGAGUAGGGCCACGAUAGACAAGAACAUAGAGAGGUCCCUAGACAUGGGUCAUAGCGCAGCAAGAGAGGAUGUGAGGCUUCAUGGCGAAUCGAUGCAUCAGCCCAAAGACCAGGGCGCUCGCUUUACCAGCAAAAAAAGUGACGAGUUUCUCUCCUUAGCCACAGGGAUGGUCUCCUACCCAGGGACCUCAACUUCUGCUUCUCUAAGACACUCAGACAUUGAAAGUGGACGUAGUUCGUCUGAGUGGUUGUUGAAUGUCAAAAGGCCGAAUGCUGAUGACCCCUCUAAAUCUUAUACAUCAUCUGCUUUGUUUAUUAAUGCAAGCAGUGAUGACAGUAGGUGUAAUGCAUCCAGUGAAAGAGAACAUGAUAUGCAGUCCAUUCCAGGAUUGGGUGAUCUUGACUGUCUAGUGCCAGAAAAAUCUGAGGCCCCUACAGAGUCCAGUCGACUGAAGUACACCUCUGAGUCAGCUGCUAACAUCCUUCAGCGCUUUGGGCUUGAUAUAGAGGACAUGGAACAUCUCAUCUCCUAUCCUGAAGACCAGAUCACGCCUGCUACCCUGCCGUUCAUCUUGAGGCAAAUCAAAAUUCAGAAGUUCAAGAGAGCUGCAGCUGCAGUGCAGUCAAAACCCUGCCCCGAACCCCAAAACACCAGAAGUGUGAGUGAAAUGGACAGUCACAGUUUGAGAAGUUCUGAAACGGCAGGAGUGAACCAGAAGGGCAUGAUUUCAGUUGUUCACCAGCCGAGUAAAGUGGCUGACUGUGGACAUACUGGCAAAUAUACUAGAGGGUUUAGGAAUGACACCGGACAGACCGGUGGCAAUAGAGCCACCAGCGGUGGGAGUGGAAGUAUGUUGCUGAUGGAGACAGAUCAUGACAGUAGCAGACUCAGUCGAGAACCACUGCCAAAAAGUACCACAGAGGUGAAAAGCAGUGCUUUGGGUUCUUCACGUGACCAGGCGAGUCCUGUUUCCAGUCUCAGCUCUUCGUACAGUUCAAGGCUGAGCUCUGCUGCUCCUCCAAAGAAUGAUCAGACCAAACGAUUGCAGACUCAACCAGACCAUACUUCCCAAACAAUCCUUGGCUCUUUUUCUCUGCCAAAGAAGGACACAGACAUUGGAGUUCACAAGUGUGAAGCACACAAACCAGUUCCUUCAAAAGCCCAAAAGGCAGAUUUCCAGUCAGCAUCAAAAACCCAAUCAUCCCCAACUCUGCAACGUGGUGUGCAUCCCAGCCGACCUGGCCUUGUGGUCAUCGGCAGUAGUGAUGCCAGCGGCACUAAAGAUUGGAGUAAAACUCGAGGACAAGGGUCAGCAGUCGAUCAGCAGAUUAAAAAGAAACUGGUACAGAAACAGUCGAAAGAGAAGAUGAAGCAGCAACAGAAGCCUGUAUCACAGACGGGACAAGCGAUGUGGCCUCAAGUUUUCUCUCCUGCAAAAUCAGAGUCCCCUACUUCUUCCAUCCCCAGCAUCACUGAUGCCAUGCAAUAUCCGCAGUUUUCCCCUGGUGGUCCUCACCCCAUUGGCCUGAAUGACCUCAUGCUCCCGAGGCUGCCACCUUCCAGCAGGCAUCCUGUGGGAAAGGCGGCAAUCUCCAAGGGCCUGCCAACGGCUGACAUGAUGCAUGACUAUGCGGCGGCCACGCCAAGAAUCUUUCCACAUACCUGUUCUCUGUGUAACAAAGAAUGCACACGUGUGCAGGAUUGGAUCUCCCACCAGAACACCAACCUUCACCUUGAGAGCUGCAGACUCCUGCGAACACGGGCUGCAGGUAAAGAUGACGAGAGAGUACGGCGUGGAAGUAGCUCCAGUUCCCGCUCAUCCAGCCCCUGUUGCCGCCAUGGCUCAGAGGGUAGAAGGGAAAAACGCAGUAGCAGCUCACUUUCACCGCAGAGCUCCAGAUACACUCGCAGGUCCCGGUCUUGUUCUCGUUCCCCACGGUAUGACCGCCCUACCUCCUACAGCUAUUGGUCACAUUCAAGGAGCCCAGAGAGACGAUCGACAUCGAGGAGGAGUAACGAGAGAAAAUGGUCAUCAAGGAGGAGUGACGAGAGACGAUCUCCGCCAAGGAGGAGUAAUUCAAGUCAAUCCACGCAGCCAAAGAAGUUGAGCAGUGCAGAGAUCGUGGCUAAGAAACUACUAAAAACACCAGCGGUGGAGGCUGUGGUCGAAAGUCUGACUCCUGCCUCACAGGCAGAGAUAGCCAAGAUGAGCUCGCCUUCAUCACCAUCAUCAUCAUCCCCCUCUUCCAUAAGAGGAAAGCCCUCCUCUUCUUCUACUGACUCUUCCUCAGACCUCUACUCUACAGCGAAGAAAAAGUAUUUGAGUUAUAAUCCUUCAAAAGCAAAGCCCAGCCUGCAGAAGAGUGAGGCCAGCUCUUCAAUAAAGACUAAGUUUUGUAAACCUUCACCUCCAACCAUGGUGAAACUACAAGGGAUUCAACUCUGUGUUUCUUACAAUGACCUGAAAGUUGCUGUGGAGGAGCGCUUUGGAAAAACCAAGUCAGUUGUGCUGUUUCGGUCCAAACUGGGGGCAAUAGUGAUUUUCGAGGAAGAGAGAGACGCCAAGAAAUUGACGAGCUUAAAGAGCUUCGAUGUGAAAGGAGUAACAAUCGCUGUUGUCAAAGAGCAGGAGACUGUUUCUAAGGAGCAAAACAACCCUCCUCAGAAAAAACCUGCCAUAUCCAGUGUCUCCACACCUCAGACUGCUCCCGCACGACAAGUUCUUCUCCCAACACUGAAGAAAUUUCCACUUAAAGGGCAGAAAAAGCCUUCAGGAGCCAUAAUGGCAACACCAGGCAAACUUACAAAUCAGAAAUGUGAAGCCAAAGGCUCAGUUAAAGUCUUAACGACUGUCACUAAAGCAAAAGUCUUGGCUUCCGAAGUAAAAAAUAUCUCAAGCAAGCUAAAUACCGCAAAAGUUACCUGUGAAGAGCCUGUGAAGAGCCCUGUGGUAAAGUCUAUCAUACAUGUAGCAACAUCUUCAGGAUCCAAGUCCAGGGCUCCAAAAAAUCAGCCUUAUGUGGACAGUUCCAAGCAUAAAGAAUACCAGAAAAGGUUUAAGGAAGCUUUGCCGCAACAUACAGCCAAGGUUGUUGAAAAAGCAGAUGUAAUAGUUAUUGAACAUGACGAAUCUGAAACCAGGGUUCAAGAAGCUGUGAAAGACACAGCCAGGGUUGUUGAACCUCAGCAUCAGGCAGAAUUUUACGAUGCUAAUGGUGCUGAAGACGCUGAACCGGUGGAGACUGGGGAAAUGGGCGUUGAAACAGCAGAGCGCAUGGAUGGUAGAACUUGCUCUGAGGACCAAGGAGAAAAAAUGACAACCACAGAGGCUUUACCAGAAAAUUCAGACAAAUCCAGUGAGAGUCAAUCACCAGACAGUUCAGUCGAGACCCGGCCAAUAGAAACGUCUGUCAAAGCUUUACCACACGUCCAGCAAAUCACCCUGCCAGAACCAGAGUCCACCGCACACGGACCAGAGACCAAGACAGAGGCUUCAUACAUCCAACAACAGGCUGCCGGAGGCCCGACUGAAACCACUUUGAAGGCAAAACUGCCAGGUCGAGGAGUGGAAACCACAACUAUUGAAGAAGGUCCUGUGACUCCAUUGAUGACGCACCUUAAUGCAGCAUCAGCCAGUACUGCACCACAUCUGACUUUCGGGGAGAUGGUAGAAAAGCACCUGCAAUCAGCAUUACCGUGCCUCAAGAGGAAACCCUGCCUCUCACCUAAAGGUAAUUCAUUUUGUAAUAGACAGUUGCUCAUAACCAACCUGCCGGAUGCUGGCCUCUACACCGAGGAUGACCUUGCAAAAGUGCUCAUGAAAUUUGGGUUUCAAUAUGCAGACGACAAGAUCUACGUUGUUCCUCAGAUGAACCUGGCUUUCGUCAUGAUGCCAAAAUUGGAGGAUGUGGUCAACAUAAUGAAAAGAGGGGACAGCGUUAUUUUAAAAUCAUUUAAACUCCAUCUCCAUCCAUUAGCCAGUGACAUUGUAAUGACACAGUUUGGGUUUUAUCAGUGGCUGAUGAAGAUGAUGCUUUAUAACGUUGAUGAUGACGGAAAGAAAACGAUCUUCAUCAAGAACAUUUCAUGGAGUGAGGCCGGGCAGCUCGGGGAAGUUUUAAAAAACAUCAAGUCUGUCAAGAAGUACAUGCCUCUCCUCAACAAGGCGUUUAUAGAAUUUGAGUCCGUUUGUGAUGCUGAUCGGAUCGGAGUUUGGUACAGUCUCCUGAAACAAGCCCCCGACCAUGAAGUCCACAGGCUGAAAACACCAUACAUAACCAGUACAGCACCACCUGCAAGUCUUCCCACCAAGGCUCUGCUAGCAGCAAAAGCUUUUGCUGCUGGAGUCGUUGUCCCGCCAACACAAAAUGCUCUUCCUCAAGCCAGCAUUGGACCAUUUUGGGUCCCGAUGAGAACUUAUCCCUUCCUGUUCCCUACUGUGUCUCCGUGGUUCAUCAUCCCAGAUCACCGGAUACUCACCGUGAAGACAGACAUUAAGAGGAUCAGCGGUCAUGGUACCAUGUUUCCUACGAUCAUGUUGACCGGUCUGCCUGGGGAAAACUACAAGUAUGAGGACGUGGCCAAGCUGGUUUGGCGGUAUUUCCCCAAACAGAACCUUCACUCCCUGUACUACAAGGUGGUGGUGUUACCGAUGCAGAGGAGGGCAUUUGUGUUUUUCCCUGAUUGGACUACAUGGUGCGAUUUUGUCCAAGAGAGUGUCACAAGGUCAUUUUCUGUCAAUGGCUGGAUGCUCAGGCUUCACUUCGUCUCGGAUCACAUGAAUCCCCCAUCCAGUGAGGAGAUGAUGUACACAACUCUGAUGAAGUGGAGCAAUGCUGAAGUUAAAGAGCCAAAGUCUCUGAAGGAGCGACUGCUGUGUGUGGAGAUUUCUGAGACCUCCGUGCCCCUCAUCAGGACGGUUUUAGAGGCGGUGGCGUCCAUCGCACCUUUUGCCAGCUUUCUGCCGCUCGCCAACAGGAUAUGCAUAGAGAUGGCUGACUCCAGAGGUGUAACCAAGGUGCUGGAGAAAUACAACACUACCGGCUCUUGGAAGAAGGACCCUGUUUGGAGUAAAGUUCUGCGCUUUGAGUCUUUGAAGAGCCUUAAACGGCGUCUACAAGAUUCUAGUAAGAUCAAAAUAAACUUUGGACCAAGCACCAUCUACAGAGCCAAGUGCCGAGCUGGGAAACGUAAAACUCAGCCUCCUCCGUAUAAACUACUGGAUAAUGGUUCACAACCUGCACUGCAAACCAGUGGCCCUGGCAGAUCCACCAUUUCUGAACCCAUCACAAGCAGGUCCCUGAGGAGCAAGGAGAGUGAGGGAGGCAUGAAGGAUCAGAAUGGUUUUACAGAUGGCAAUGUUUUUUCAUCUUUUGCCUUGCUUUUUGAAGAGCCAAAUUUCAAAAGCGAUGAUGAUGUCACUGAUGACAAAGGGGGCGAUUAUGUGGGAGACACAAGCCCAGAUCCUCAUACCUCGUCCUCAUUCUCAGCAGAAGAUAUUGCUGUUAAAACAAUCGCGUCAGUGACAAAAAUAGAAACAUCAUCGGAAAUGCAUCCACCUCUUCAGGGUCAUGGGUUAGAGCUGAGCAAAGCCCAAAGUCUGGAUAUUGAUCUUAAUGUUGACACACUGACAGAGCAAAAGAAAAGCAAAGAGGAAGGGAAAGAAGAUAGCAAACAUACAGAGGUGCACGAAGAAAGCUUUCAGGUUUUGGACAGUGCUGAUGAUGAAGGCAAAGCUGGCCUACAGGAGACCAGUAAAAUGGAAAUAGACAGUACUUUCCAAGUGCUAGACAGCGCAACCAAAGACCAAGCAGCUACAGGUCAAGAGGACAGUCGCCUGGUCCAAGAUGAUAGUUCAACAGAAAAGCAACUCUCUGAGGAACAUGCCAUUUCUGACCAAUCUGAUAAAGAUUCAUCUGGUAAAGCUCAAAAAGCAAAAAAUGAAGAUAAUUUAUAUAUGUUACAUAAAGGUAAUGAACAAACUCCAAAGAACAAGGGAGAUGAGAAGAAGAGAAGAGAGGAAGAGGUCAAAGGUAAAACGCUUUCAGCAGAAUCCUUCAAAGCCUCCAAAGAUUUGGAAAACUCUGAUAGCCGAAUCGCAAAUAAAGACCAGCCCGUUCAAGAUGUCAGUGAUGUUCCUGAACAGGGAACAUUUGAGAUAUUGGAUUCAGCUGAUGAUCAGACAGCAACAGGAGAUGAGAGUCAAAACCUCAAGACUUCCAGUGACCAGAUAUUUAAGGAAGACACAUGUCAGGUAACUGGUGCUGUGGAAGAUCAGCCAGUGACUACAGAGACAGAGCCAGAGACUGACAAAAAGAGGAAAAGACGCAUGACAGAUGUGACUGCUAGAAAAGAUGAUAGACCAUCAAAGAGGAGUUGCAUUACAAUCAUAGCUUCCAACAUUGAAGAGGAGGAGAAAUCGCCAAAGAAACAGGACAGGACAGUUACAAAAUGUGAGACUCGAGCAAAGAUAGACCCCCCUGCAGGGAUUUCUAAACAAGACAAAGAGGUCAAUGAGGAGCUGGAGUAUGAGAAUGUAGAUUCUGUUGAAAAUAAACUGGUUAAAGACGCUGCAAGCAGAGAAAAGUCUUGUAGAAGAAGGAGUGCAAGAUUAAAGAAAGCGGAUGAAAUGACACUGAAUCUCACAGAAGUGGGGAAAAAAACAGAGGAAGGUACAUUCAAGGUUCUGGACUCUGACAAGGAUGAAACUGUGAAAGAUGAGCCGACCAUCACAAGAAGAUCUACCAGAGGGAAAGGGGAAAGAAUACCUACAAAAGAGGCCUCUAAUGAGAAAACAAAAAAAGAGAACACAUCGACAACAAGGAGGCACACUCCUGCCAGAGAGUCAGUGAAACAAAACAGGGAAAAAACUGCAAAGAAAGCCCCUCCAAAACAGAGUACACCAUCGAUGAAGAGUGACGAUGGUGUUAUAAAGUUGAGAAAUGAAGAGGAUGCCACCUCUGAUGUAUUGGACUCUGUUAAGGAUGAUCAUCCUGACACAAGAAGAAAAGGAAAAGGGGGAAGACCUAAAAAAGACGUUGCAACAACAAAAAAAGAGGCAUCAGAAAAAGUGGCUGAUGAAGACGCAACAGUUCAAACACUUGAUUCUGUGGAGGAUGAGUUGGUUGACAAUCAGUCCCCUACAGGACAUUCAAAAGAGAAAAAAUUGAAAAGCAAUGACCAGCAAGCAAAGACAAGUACAUCUCUUGCAGGAUCACCCAAAAAUGAGGAAGAGGAGGAAGAGUAUCAGAUCAUAGAUGAGCUGGAAGAUGAUCAAGCUUUAGAGGAGCUUACUGCCACAGAGGACAAUACUAAAGACGAAACUCCCACAAAAGGAGAGGCAUCAACCAUAAAAGAGGACACACCGACAUGUGGUACCACGGGUGCCGAAAUGUCCGAAAAAGUCAGGAAGGAGACUCUGUAUCAGAUAGCUGAUGAUUUAGAGAAGGCAAAUAAUGAUCAAUCUGCUGCAAAAGGGUCUGCUAUGGUAGAUAGGCAAAUAAAAUGCAAAACUGACAUUAAGGACAAGGAGACCGUGACUCUGGAUGAGGUGGGUGCGGAGAGCCGAGAGUGGGAUGGGGAGAUCACGGAGGGAGAGCUGGAGGCAUUCAUCACUCUGGAUGAGUUGGUAGAAGAAGAGGAGGACGGAAAAAUGGAGCAAACCCUUGUGGAGACCCACCCAUCAGACCAAAAGGACGAAUCAGCAGACCACUUAAACCUCGAGACUUUGGUGACUUUAGAUGAAGCUGGUGAUGAUGAUAAAGAGAAGUCGGACGAAGAGCAAACUGAGCAAACUUCAAGAUCUGCCAAACGCAAACAUGUCGAUGACAAAGUUGUGAGUAAACAGAGGAGGAAGUCUGUCGGACCUGAAGCAAAGCGAUCUUGUUCUCAGUCUCCUUGUGUUUCUGACAUCAAACUGCCAGCUUUCAAACCCAACAACCUCACUGGUGAGGAGUUUGUCGUCCCAAAAUCAGUAUUUGUCUGUAACCUCUGCUCUGUUUUUUACCUGAGCGAAAGCACUGCCAUGGACCUCCACUGCAGCAGCCAGAGACACCACGAAAACCUGCAGAAAUAUUACCAGAAGCUUCAACAGAAACCAUGAAGUUCCACAUAAAGUUCUCCAUGCUCUGUUUCUGAAUGAUCUGGACUUGUUUAAUAAGCCACUCUGGUCAUGACUGAUUUCUAUUUUUUUCUUGUGAAUGUAAUGAAUCAAUGAAUGUAUAAAUGUUUUGGCAUGUAUUGUUCCCUUGAUAUUCAGACUCCCUCCGACCCCAACUCUACAGUUUUAGUGCCUUACGCUGCAUACAGUUGCACAGAUGCAUUGCAUCACAUGUUUUAUGGAGAACAAAAUCAGGAACGUUUACUUAUUUUUGUAUUUUUUGAAACUUUAAAGAUGCGAGAUGACCUCUUUUACCUCUCAGAUUUUAUUUUGAUGAUUUUCUGGAAAUCUGCUUCAAUUUUGUGCCAAAUUUUGAUGGAAAUAAAUCUUCUCCUUGGUUUUAUUUAGUUAAAAUGAUGUUAUGUUACAUAAUUGAAUUUGAUCAUUUACAUUUCUAAUGCAGUAUGUGGCACAAUUUGAAGGACGAACUGCUAUUCUUGGACUUAUUUGUUUUUAAAUUGAACAAGUGAAUUGGAAUUUGCACAAGAUGUAAAAGGUCAAAUAAGUGUUAACAACCACUUAUAACCACUUAUAGCUUUAUUAACUUUUUUUAGGUGAUGCCUCACCUUAAAAUGUUAGAUUUUUCCUUGAAGAUGUGUCUUAAAUGGUAGCAAGUUCCAGUUUCUACUCAUGAAAGUGUAAAAUACCAUUUAUAUUACAUUAUUAAAAUGUAUAGCUCUCUUAAAUAUUUAA